AACAGAAAGGCAAUCAAAACCACCUGCCUGCCUCACCGGCCAGGAACUCAGCCUUCGGGACAGUAAGACGCUGAGAGGCUGUGGGCCUCCUCCAAUGCUCAGAUACUGAGAAGGAAGUGUUGGGUGAUGCCAAAAUGGGCUUCUGCUCCCUGAGAGACACCUCCUCUUCUUCAUCCCCAAAGGAGGUUGCUGCUCACUGGCCUCUCCCACUGUCUCCGGCAGGGUUCUGACGACCCUGCUGACACACCCGCCAUCCCUUGGACACCGAUCCUUCUAGCCGACUACAUCAAUGGGUUCCCGGGAGACACCUUCUUCUUGCUCUAAGGCCCUUGAAACCUUGAACCUGGAGACUUCGGACAGCUCUAGCCCUGACCCUGACAGUCCUCUGGAAGAGCAAUGGCUGAAAUCCUCCCCAGACCUGAAGGAGGAGGUCAGCAUCGAAGUGAUAUUGGAAGACUCCAAUGAGCCUCUGUCCCCACCCUCACCCCCUACAGGCAGAGAGAUCAUCUGGCACGAAGUCAAAGUGAACCAACGCAACAUCGAAGACAUCUGCCUCGGCUGUGGGACUCUCCAGGUGUAUGCUCAGCACCCCUUGUUUGAGGGGGGAAUAUGUGCCCCGUGUAAGGAUAAGUUCCUGGAGACCCUCUUCCUGUAUGAUGAGGAUGGACACCAGAGCUACUGCACCAUCUGCUCUUCCGGGGGUACCCUGUUCAUCUGUGAGAGCCCCGACUGUACCAGAUGCUACUGUUUUGAGUGUGUGGAUAUCCUGGUGGGCCCCGGGACCUCGGAGCGGAUCAGUGCCAUGACCUGCUGGGUAUGUUUCCUGUGCCUGCCUUUCUCACGGAGCGGACUGCUGCAGAGGCGCAAGAGGUGGCGACACCAGCUGAAGGCCUUCCACGAUCGAGAGGGGGCAAGCCCUAUAGAGAUCUAUAAGACAGUGUCCCCGUGGAAGAGACAGCCAGUCCGGGUGCUGAGCCUUUUUGGGAAGAUUGAUAAAGAGCUAAAGAGUUUGGGCUUUUUGGAAAGCGAUGCUGGUUCUGAGGGAGGAACACUGAAGUACGUGGAAGAUGUCACCAAUGUUGUGAGGAGAGACGUAGAGAAAUGGGGCCCCUUUGACCUGGUGUAUGGCUCAACGCAGCCCUUCAGCUGCUCUUGUGACCACUGUCCUGGCUGGUACAUGUUCCAGUUCCACCGGAUCCUGCAGUAUGCGCGGCCUCGCCAAGAGAGUCAGCGACCUUUCUUCUGGCUAUUUAUGGACCAUCUGCUGCUGACUGAGGACGACCAAGUGACAACUACCCGUUUCCUUCAGACAGAGGCUGUGACCCUCCAGGAUAUCCGUGGCAGAGUCCUCCAGAAUGCUGUGAGGGUGUGGAGCAACAUUCCAGGGCUGAAGAGCAAGCACACGGUCCUGACCCCAAAGGAAGAAGAGUCUCUGCAAUGCCAAGGAAGAACCAGAAGCAAGAUGGCUGCCCAGAAACUUGACUCCCUGGUGAAGCACUGCCUUAUCCCCCUGAGAGAGUACUUCAAGUAUUUUUCUCAGAGCUCACUUCCUCUUUAGAAAUGAGUCACCCCACGAUGAAAGUCUUUCCUAGAACCAUGGCAGUCCUUCUUCCUAUGGCAUUUUCCCUCUGCAGAGCUUUCUCUGGUUGGCUUGCCAGCCUUUGGGGUUCUCCCUCCUGUUUUGAGUCCCCAGGAUGCAGAUGCCCCUGUGCAGCUCACUGUGGGGAGUGGGAGGUACCCAUGGCUGUGGACAUCCUGAUGGGAUAACCUGCCAUGCUUCUCUGAAACUGUGUGUACCUGUUGUGAAGUUUUUCAAAUAUAUCAUAGGAUUGUUACUGGUA